AUUUAAUAGUGGAAAACAUUUUUAAUGACACCGCCUAAACGAUCACGUAUAGCAUUAUCUCAUGUCGAGAGAACUUCAGUGUUUGAGAAUAGAUUGGUGAUCCAUCAUCUGCAUGACUAAAUAUUUUAUUUUCGUCACAUCUUUGUUAUACAUCCUUAUUUAACACGCCAGGCCAAACAUGUAUUAAUGAGCAGCCAAUGAGCGAUUAGCUUUCAUGAAAUGGUUUUAAUUACCAACCAAUGGGCGAAUCUUUGAUAUUCAAAUUUAUGUGCUUUUAUUUUGUUGUGUAUCGUCAAAAAUGUGUCUCUCACGACGAUAGAUGCAUUCAACAACAAACAUUCCAGUGGAAUUAAAGGUGAAUUAACAUGGCAGAAGUUAAUCACUUGGACACUUACAAAACGAAUGUUUUCAGCAAUAGAAAAUCAGUUGCAAAGACGUGCAGCGAAGAGAAACGUUCGCGUAAAAGUCUUCACUGUGAAAUCUGUGGGAAAUACUUCAGUGAGAAUUCUAAGCUUACAAUCCACAUACGUAGUCACACCGGAGAAAAACCGUAUCGAUGUGAGAUAUGUGGAAAAUCAUUUAUUACUAAUGGUCAUUUAACAACACACAGAACAAUACAUACUGGAGAAAAACUACACCAUUGUGAAACUUGUGGGAAAUCCUGUACUCAGUAUUCGAACCUUGUAACCCACAAAACGAUCCACACGGGGGAGAAACCUUUCCUUUGUGAAAUAUGUGGGAAAUCUUUCUCUGUAAAGUCUAGUCUUAUAGUUCAUAAAAGGAUACAUACGGGAGAAAAACCUUAUAACUGUGAAAUAUGCGGGAAAUAUUUUGUCUAUAACAGUAAUUUAACGAAACAUAAACGAAUCCACACGGGAGAGAAUCCUUUUCACUGUGAUAUAUGCGGGAAGUCUUUCAUAGAAAAUUCUAAACUUACCGUUCAUAAACGUUGUCACACUGGAGAAAAACCGUAUCCCUGUGAAAUAUGUGGAAAAUCUUUUGUCUCUAACAGUGAUUUAAAAACACACAAACGAAUACAUACUGGGGAAAAACCCUUCCAAUGUGAGCUAUGUGAUAAAUCUUUUACUCAGAAUUCUAGUCUUAUAGUUCACAAACGUAGUCAUACUGGAGAAAAACCUUUCCACUGUGACAUAUGUAGGAAAUCGUUUAUAAGUAAGAGUUUGUUAAAAAGACACAUACGGAUACACGCUGGAGCCAAGACUUUUAACAGUGAAACGUGAGAUUCUCUUGCAAACUUUUAGUCCAUCCAACAAAUUUACACACUGGGAAAACAUCAUUGUGAACCAUGCCAGAAAUGAUUCUGUCCCCUCUCUAAAAUAUUUCGGAAAUCCUUAUUUAUGAAUUUUAAGCUUGUAGUUAACAAAUGAAUUUACAACUGAGUACAAACUGGACAGAAAAUUUUCACUGUGAAUUAUGUUGGUGCAACAAAAUCUUAUAAAAGAGAAAACCUGUAGAAAGUUCUUAUUCAAAAGCCAACCUUAAAUUAAAGAGAAAUAUAUAGGAGCAAACUAUUGAGAUGAUUUGUUGAAAACAUUCUUUAGAUUUUAAAAAAGAACAAAUAACUGAGAUAUUCAUUUCAUUUAAAAUCUUAACACUAAAAUUUGUGACAAAAUAUUCACAUUU